AUGGAUAUUCAUAGUUUUAAAGCAUGCCUGAAAAUAUGGAGGAAGUCCUUAGAAGAACCUUCUCGGAGUUUUAAAGCAUCUUUCGGUUCAAUACUUUCAGGUGCAUUCAUCAAAGUGGGAGUUCUGACUGCUGGACUUAUAAGCUUCUGGCCAGGAAAUUCUCAAUUGGGUCAAAAGCUGAUGAGAGCUCGUGUGGUUUUGCAAAGUGCAACUACUGCAAUAAUGGUUGGGGUAGCUUGGUGGCUAGACGUAAAUUAA